AUGCUCACUUCCCUCUCGCUGCUUCAGAGCAGCCUCAUCUUGGGGCUCGCCUUGAUUUCUUUCUCCUUAGCCUCUCCCAUCGCUUCCCAGCCUUUUGCCGACCUCAUCCUCAAACGUGAGCAGAGCAACCCCCAGGAUGGUCUCACCGUCGACCUCGGUUACUCAAAGUACAAGGGCACCUACAACGACACCACCCACAUCAAGUCAUGGAAAGGUAUUCGCUUCGCAGCCUCUCCUACCGCCGAGCUCCGAUGGCAAGCUCCUCAACCUCCCUCCCUCAACCGAUCAGAGGUCAUCGACGCUAGCCAGUAUGCCUCACAAUGCCCUCAGAUCCCUUUCGGUAACCCCGACUUCCAGAUCAGCGCUCAGUAUCAAGGCGACAUGGAAGACUGCCUCUUCCUUAACGUCUUUGCGCCCGAGAACGCGACCAACUUGCCUGUCAUGUUUUGGAUCCAUGGUGGAGGAUACGGUGCUGGCAAUGGACAGUACGACUUCACCCAGCUCAUCAACGCAAAUGGAAACAACUUUGUCGGUGUCGCCAUUCAGUACCGUCUUGGCGCCUUCGGCUUCCUAGCCUCUGAUGAGCUCAACCGUCACGGCGUAGUCAACGCUGGCAUCAGGGACCAGCACUUUGCCAUGCAGUGGGUUCAAGCUUACAUCCAGCAGUUUGGUGGUGAUCCUCGCAACGUCACCAUCGCCGGAGAAUCCGCUGGAGGCGGUUCCGUCAUGAUCCACUCGCUAGCUCAGGGUGGCUCCCUCGGCACCUCUCUCUUCAAGAACGUCAUUGCGGCUAGUCCCUACCUGCCCUUCCAGUAUGGCUACAAGGACUUCGAGCCUUCCCAGUCCUACUACGCCUUUGCUGCCUCGGCUGGCUGCUUCGACGCCACUGCCUACGGCAACACCAACCAGAGCAUCCUCGAAUGUCUCGUCAACAAGGAUGCCGCCACACUUCAGCUCGCCAACGUCAAGACCGCCGCCAGCGCCUUUUACGGUACCUGGCCCUUCCUCCCCGUCACCGACGGCGCAUACAUCCUCGACGUUCCUUCACGACAGCUCAACCAGCGUAAGGUCAACGGAAAGCGUCUCCUCGUCGGCAACAAUGGCGCCGAAGGUGGUCUCUUUGUUCAGCGAAAUAUGGACACCGAAGCAAAGGUCAGGAACUGGCUCUCGACGUUGCUCCCGCUCUUGACCAAGGAGGACAUCGACAACGUACUCUUCCACUACCCCGUCGACACCAACGUCACCGGCAACUAUGCCACCAACGGCGUCGAAAUGCCCGAUGCCAACAGCGUCUCGCCUGUUGCUCACGGCCAGCAGGCGCGAGCAGACAACAUCUACGGAGAGCUCACCUUUGUCUGCCCAAGCUACUGGAUGUCGGAAGCUUACUCUGGGUCCGGCCGCGAAUCGUACCGCUAUCAGUACAGCGUUCCCCCGGCGCUCCAUGGCAACGACGUCUCCCAGUACUUUGGCCCCGGCACCAACGUCACCUCGCCCGACUUUGUCAAGGCUUUCAUGAACAUCUACGGCAACUUUGUCACCAAGGACAACCCAUCCAUCGACGCUCAGCUCGUCUACGGUGCCAGCAGUGACGCUGACAAGUCGCAGCCCAACGCAGCUGGGAACUGGCCCGAGUACUCGAUCAACACUCCGUACCAGAUCAACCUCAACCAGACCGGUGGCACUCCUAGCACCAUGCCCAAUCUCGGUGCCGAAGUCACCAUCUUGACCGGCUCCAGCCUGCGUAACGACUUCUCCAAGGUCAACGCCUACACCUGGGAAGGUGGACGAGGUCGCAGGUGCGAGUUCUGGAGAUCCAUCGCCAGCAUUCUGCCAUCCUAA